CUAGAAAAUCGAUUUCUUUGAAUCUGAUUCGUUUCUCCCCAUGCAAUCCAACUCGCUGAAAUCAGUGAUUCGAUUUUUUCUCAGAUUACAAUAUCAUUUCACCAAAGAAGAACCGUCGAAAUUUAAACAUUCAAAUCUUAUCCGUUAAAAAUUCGUAUGCAUAUCGCAACACUCUCAAUUCCCAUUGCGCUACACACAAUUUUUUUCUGUUCAGGGAAUUCGACAACUUUUUAGCUCCCAAAUCGCUAGGGUAUUUAUUCAGGCUAAAUUCGUAAGCUGCUAUUGAUUCAAUUAACGUCGAUGAAUAGUAUUUUUAAAAACUUGAUUCGACGUUUUCAAGCCCUAAUCUCCCAAGAGAAAACGGUUCCCUUUAUAAGGCGUCGGCUUUCGUGAAUAGCUCAGUCGAGUUGUUUGGUAUAACGAGCGAACACAUAAUCAUUAACGUUAAUUAUUUCUUUUGCAUUGAUUAUGGAUCUGUGGUGUUACGAUCCUUCGUCCGACUAUUGUUGCAUGGGUAGACCUUGUCCGUGGAGAGAUAGUUGGCGAUGUUUUCAACCGGAGCCUCUGUUCCGCUGGGCGGACACGUCUCCGCUUCAUUCUCUCUUGUCGCACGGCUUUCUGCCCAGCACUCCGGCCGGAAGGACAUCAGGAGCGGUUCGAGAAGUUGAGUGCGACAAAGACAAGUAUCAGGUGACUCUUAACCUGGGAAACUUCAAGUCGAACGAGAUCAAUGUCAAAUUAGUUGACCAGACGUUGGUGGUUUGCGCCGAGCAUGACGAAAAGCCGGACGAAUCUGGCCACAUCUUCCGUCGCCUGAAGCGUCGCUAUUACCUCCCGCCGAACGUGGACUUUGAUAAUUUGAAUGCAACUCUGUCCGAUAACGGUACGCUGGUAGUCUGUGCGCAAAGGAAGGCGAUUGAAGCGGGAAAUGAGCGUGAAAUCGAAGUUAAAAAACUACCCGCAGAAUCCAAAUCGCAGCCUCAAGUAUCCGAGAAGACGGAACAAGUUACAGCUGGUACCGAAAAAUGUCCAGAGAAAUGUCAAGAAAAAUGCGCCGAACAGGAAACUGGCAAAGAGAAAAGUGGGAAAAGUACCAACAUCCCCGUCGGUCGUGAGGUUGGCGACAAGAAGUGAGAAAAUGCCGAAGAUGGAAGUAAAAAAAAAUCAAGUUUAGAAAUUUGUUGUAUCAUUAACAUUUUACUUAAGUUUAAGUUCUUGCUUACGCUCAGCGUAUCCUUUAAUAAACAUU